AUGAAACACCUAGAAAAGCCAGAGAAGGCGAUGAAAGUGAUAGAACACAUUAAAGGUGUUGGCACACAAGAGCACUUCUACGCGUCGUCGGUUCAGCCCAUUAUCACAAACGUAGUUGAUGGAGCUGACGCGUAUGUACUCUGUUGUGGGUUUAAAAACAGUGGGAAGACAUACACACUUGAGGGCAAAUUCACCGACCUCCAAUUUGAAGACGCUGGCGUUAUUCCACGUGCGAUGAAAAGUAUUUUUGCGGAGUUGAAGAAGAAAGAGAAGUAUGUAGUCAGAGUCUCGUUUCUACAAAUUAGUGAGAACUCCAUCGAAGACUUGUUGUGUGAAGAGAAGAACAAAGUUAUAAUCAAAGACGCGCAACGCAAGUUCAAAAACGCACUUGGAGGGGUCAUCUUUUCUGGAGCGUCGGAGAUGUCAGUGAACGACACCAACACGCCACAGAUCUUUUCGAAAUUGAAUGAACUGAGAGACAACAAAUUUGAGACUCCAGCACGAAAUAACGACUUCUGUAAAGUAUUUGUCGUUACGGUGAUAUCAUCUAUCAACCAACAAAAAGGCCCAAAAGAACUGGUGAAUGUCGGAAGACUCACAUUUGUCAUGUUACCAUCGUUCUCAUUCCCACAGAAUAAGAUGAAUAUGGAAAUCCUCAAAUACGCGGAAGCAACCAAAGAACAGCGACUUAAAAUGUCUUUAAAACUUGAUCUGGUUACUAAGAUAUUACAAGAAGGUCUUGGGGGGCAAGGAAUGCUGUUGUGUAUCGGUUGCAUCGAUUUAAAUAGCGAAAAUAACCAAGCGGCGUUUGUCAGGAAAUUUCUGUCGAAGAUGGAAACGAUCAAGAACGACCCUGUACUGGUAAGACAAAUACUCAAAACAGUGUACGAGAAUUACCUUGACGACGAGAUAAAGCAAUUGGAGUAUCGGUACAACGACUUGAUUAAGAAGAACGCAAUAUCAAAAGAAGUGUUCGAAGCCAAAAAGAUCCAACAAGAGAUUCAGACCCAAAAAUACGCAAAUGUCCAAAUUGGGUCGGCAAUACAGAAAGUACGUAAAGACGCAGAGUCGGAGUAUUUGGAGAUCAAUUCAAAGAUUCAGAAAUGCAACGAGUACAUCAAACGUAAGAAACAGACGGAGAGUGAAAUCCGGGAAAAGAUUGUUGAGAUGUUGGCAAUGGCACAAAGCAUACAAGAACACAAUACAACCGUCGAAGAAAUGAUCAAGAAGCAACUUUUGGACAACGAAAAGGAGAAAGCGGAGAUCAAGAAAAGUGUGUCUAUAUGUAAAUUUCCGAACGAUUGGAACAUUAAGAUAGAUGAGCAAAUGAAGUGCUUUAAAGAGACCAUUGACAAAAUUAAAAGUGUCGUUGUGUACCACAAAUGCGACAUCGGGCGAACAACAGAAGAACUUGAAAUCGGAAAGGCGAAAGAUUUACUCGACUCGAUCUUUGGUGCGUUCAAAAAAGAUAUCGAAAAUAUGAAAGACGUUGUUCACAGUGUUUUUGUGUCGCAAGAAAAAAACGUUGAAAAUUUUGUCGCAAAGACUGACGCAUUUUUGGAAACCCUAAACAAAAAGUCGGAAAUUGAGGGUUUUGAAACUUUUGUCAAAACGCAAAUUGAAAACCUCAAAGUGUUUAUUUCCGAACUUGAAACCAAAAGAAAAGAAAGUUUAUGUGAAAUUGAAAGGAAAGAAAAUGAACGCGCUGAUGCGAUGAAAAGUGAGCAAACGAAUUUCAAAACGAAAAUAGAAGAAGUUGUCCCUUUGCUCAAAAGUGACGUUCAGGCGACUUUUGAAAAAUACCAAAAAGAAAUUUUCUUACAACUAGCCGACCAAAAACGAACGUUUGACUCGUUGGAGAUAGAACAUCCGAAUUUCGUGAUGACUGAAGAAAUGCUGUCGAAAAUUACCGCAAUACAAAAGGACAUUGCGACAGAUAUCAUGAAGAAAAAAGAAUCAGAAACAAUUCAAGAUGAGUUUCCAUGUGUCGAAUUUCUGGAUGAGUCAGCGUUCAAAAAGGAACUUGACAAUGUCAAAGGUGUUGUUUCUAAAAUAUUUGAGGAGACUGGGAUUGUCGCUUCAUUGAAAAAUGAAGAAGUAAAACUGUUUGAAAAGGAUAAGGAGAUGUCCGAAGAACAAAUCCAGUUGAACCAAUUCAUCGAAAAGUGUUGCGAAUCACUUGACAGUCUUAAAAGUUAUACAACAAGACUCUUGCGCGACUUUGAAGAUAAGAUCGAUAUGGUCUCCGUUGAGUUCGAAAGUCAAAUUGAAAUGGAAACAAUGCAGAGCCCACACCUCCCAUCACUUUUACAACAGAACUCUGAAAUGCCAACUGUAUUAGAAGACCUUAGUCUUGAUAAUAUGAAAUGA